GUCACUGCAAGACCUUCUCUAAUGGCGUAUUAUCUGUACUUGGUCGGCUUAAUGGUCUGUGCAGCUUCAUCCCAAGCCUGUAUUGGUUCUAUUACCCAUAAGACACCUGUGGCUGUGGCGUUCGCAGGUGAAUCCUUCGAACUAGAAUGUGACUUCACCAUCAGUGAAAAUGUGCCUGUAAAUGUCACCUGGUCUGUGAUCAGUGACGGAAUCACGCUGCAUAAUGGAAAUGCACAAGUGACAACAAAUUACAAACUUGAUCUCAGCAUCAAAGUCCGGAACAAAUCCGCAACUUACUACUGCACCGUAAAAUGUGGGGCGACUGUUCAAACAGCACCUCAAGGAACCUACAUAUAUGUGAGAGAUGCCGGAUACAGUGAACCUUCCGAUGUGUCUACCAAUCUCCGUUCUGGGCUGAUCACGCUUUUUGUCCUCUUGUUAUUGCUUUCUGGGGCGGGGUCCUUCCUCUUGCUGCAACCUUUGUUUGAGAAGAAUCAGAUAAAAUUGCCGUUUAAUAAAGUAGAAAGGACCACGGCGUUACCUGACACACAGCGCGGCAGCAUGGAGAAGGCGGGCUCAGUCUACGCGUCUCUGCAGCUACACUCCGAUGAUGUGUAUGAUGUCCUUGACAAUGAGAAUGGUGAAACCAAACCCUGUGACAAGAUAAAACACAGUAGUAAUCGAAAGAAGAAACCGGAAAGGAAAGAAAAACCUCCACUAGCAGAAAAACCCCAACUCCAUCAUAAUAUGAAGCCACAGAGAUCUGAAGACAAUAACAUGGUCUACGAGAACCUUAAUCACUAGCGGGAGCUGCUUACAG